AUGCCUUCAUACAACAUUGCCGCUGCAGCAGAUCCGUCACGUACUCCAGGGCCAGAGACUACGACGGCCUUCUAUCCACAGUCACCUACCACGUCCGUUUUCACGGGAGGCUCGAAUGCUCAGCCCUUACUGUUCGACAUUCUGACGAUCCUCUUCGCCGCUGCGUCACUCCUAGUCGCGUAUUUGCAUCUCAGACACGGCAAAAGAUCCCAGCGACCUGUCUCCGAGAAUACGGAUAUCGAAUCUGGCGAGCUGGCAGAACACGGGCGGCGCCGAAAUACGGACGAAACGGAUAUCCAACCAAGCGAUCCUAGCAGUGGCGAAGGACCUGCCUUCACCAUACCAGAUAGAGCGUCUGAAGGACAUAUUGAGAGCGUAGGACGGGUGGAUAGUACUACUUCUACUCUCCAUCCGGCCGGCAUCGAGGAUGAGGCGAAGUGAAUUGAGUUCAAUAGUGCUCAUGUGAAAGAAAGCGGUGGACAGGGAUGACGGUGAUAGAUGAAAAAAGGGUGCAAUGCAUUAGACUAGGG